UCCCAGGUGUCCUGUCUGCCAGACCCGCGGUAGCGCGAGACCCUCCACCUCUCGGCUCGGCCAGUUUUGCUAGGGCCGCCUUGCGAGCCGCAUCAAUUCUCAUCUUUUAGUAUCGCCAGGAUUCGGCGGCUGUGAAACUGGUUUCCGGUCGCUAAGGUCUCCAUGGAGACAACACUUUAACCACUUUCUCCCACUGUCUUUCCUCGACUCCACGUGGUUCAGAAAUCGCCCAGAGAAUGUUUGUGGGAGUCAGCCAGGAAGGUGUAGAGUGAAGCAGCGUUCUAAAGGGAAGCAAAAUCAAGAUACAGUGGCACCGCCUGUUAAUCUAACAAGUCACAGUGACUACUGUUAAUUCUAUUUAAAAUGGGUAUAAAGAAGAAGAAAGAAAUGCAGGUUGCUGCGUUGACCAUUUGUCAUCAGGACCUCGAAACUCUGAAAUCUUUUGCUGAUGUGGAAGGGAAAAAUCUAGCUUCUUUGCUGUUACAUUGUGUACAACUCACAGAUGGAGUGUCACAAAUCCAUUAUGUUAAACAGAUUGUGCCUUUACUGGAGAAAGUAGAUAAAAAUGGCGUGUGUGAUCCCACUAUUCAAAGUUGUUUGGAUGUUUUAGCAGGCAUUUAUCUUUCUUUGAGUCUAAAGAAUCCCUUGAAGAAAGUAUUGUCAAGCUCACUAAAUAGCCUACCUGAAUUUUUUCUGACUGCGGCUAUACACAGUUUUACUUCUCGUCUUCAGGAAGAAUUGAAUACUACUGACUUAUACUCUUAUAGGAAAGUAAUUGACAAUAUAUCUUCCUGUAUGGAGAACUUUAACUUGGGUAGAGCAAGUGUUAAUAAUCUGCUUAAAAAUGUGCUUCGUUUUCUGCAGAAGAGUUUAAUUGAAAUCCUGGAAGAAAAUAGAAAAUGUGCUGGAAAUCAUAUUAUUCAAACACAGUUAAUGAAUGACUUGCUGGUAGGCAUUAGAGUUUCAAUGGUGUUAGUACAGAAAGUACAGGAUUUCCAGGAAGAUCUUUGGAAGACUUCUAGUUCUCCCAUAUGGCAAAAUAUGUGUGGAUUGCUGAGUAUUUUUACCAAGUUUUUAAUUGAUGAUGAUCUAUUACAGACUAUACGGAGCACAUCUGGAUUAGCUGUUAUUCUUUUUAUUAAGACUAUGUUACACCCAUCUGAAAAGACUCCUCAUUUGAUUAGCAGUUUGCUGCUUCAUUCAGUGGACUGUACCAGCACCCCCGAGUGGUUUAUGAGCAGCUGCAGGAGCCUCUGUUGUGCUGAUGUCUCUGAGUCAGCUGUCUUAUUCCUGUGCCAGGGGACACUUGCCAUGUUGGACUGGCAGAAUGGGAGCAUGGGCCCAAAUGGGGAGGCCCUGCUCUUGGAUACUGCACAUGUUUUGUUCACCUUGAGUUCACAAAUUAAAGAGCCAACGCUGGAAAUGUUUCUGUCUAGAAUCUUGGCAUCCUGGACUAAUUCAGCUAUACAAGUUCUUGAAUCAAGUUCCCCAAGCCUAAGGGACAGCCUGAAUGGGAAUUCAAGUAUAGUUGGGAGACUUUUGGAAUAUGUCUAUACCCAUUGGGAACAUCCAUUGGAUGCUCUGAGACACCAAACCAAAAUCAUGUUCAGAAAUCUUCUCCAGAUGCACCAGCUCACUGUGGAAGGUGCAGAUUUGGUCCCUGAUCUUUUCUUUGUGGAAUUGACUGAGAGUCUUCUACGAUUGGAAUGGCAUAUUAAAGGAAAGUACACAUGCCUUGGUUGUUUGGUAGAGUGCAUAGGAAUUGAACAUAUUUUGGCUAUAGAUAAAACUAUUCCAUCUCAAAUCUUAGAGGUGAUGGGGGACCAGUCAUUGGUACCUUAUGCAAGUGACCUCUUGGAAACCAUGUUUAAAAAUCAUAAGAGUCAUUUGAAAUCUCAGACUGCUGAGAGUACUUGGAUUGACCAGUGGCAUGAGACUUGGGUUUCUCCUCUCCUUUUUAUACUGUGUGAAGGAAACUUGGAUCAAAAGUCUUACGUGAUUGAUUAUUACUUGCCAAAAUUAUUAAGUUACAGCCCCGAAAGCUUACAGUACAUGGUAAAGAUUCUUCAGACUUCUAUUGAUGCUAAAACUGGACAAGAGCAGUCUUUCCCAUCCUUAGGGUCUUGUAAUAGCAGGGGGGCUCUGGGGGCUUUGAUGGCAUGCCUGCGAAUAGCUAGAGCUCAUGGACAUCUUCAGUCUGCAGCUGAUACCUGGGAGAACCUCGUGUCUGGUGCAAGAAUAAAGCAAGGCUUAGUUCAUCACCAUUGCCAAGUAAGGAUAGAUACAUUAGGCUUGCUUUGUGAAAGUAAUCGAAGCACAGAAGUUGUUUCCGUGGAAGAAAUGCAGUGGAUUCAGUUCUUUAUUACAUAUAAUCUUAACAGCCAGUCUCCAGGAGUGCGGCAACAGAUCUGUUCUCUUCUUAAAAAGCUGUUUUGUAGGAUCCAGGAAAGUUCUCAGGUGCUUUAUAAAUUGGAGCAGAGUAAAUCCAAACAUGAACCACAGAAUGAGUUAACCAAACAGCACACUUCUGUUUCUUUACAGCAGUAUAAGAAUUUUAUGUCAUCCAUUUGCAAUAGUCUUUUUGAAGCAUUGUUUCCUGGAUCUUCCUACUCAACUAGAUUUUCAGCUUUAACCAUUUUAGGCUCAAUAGCGGAAGUUUUUCAUGUUCCAGAAGGUAGAAUUUAUACAGUAUAUCAGCUAAGCCAUGAUAUUGAUGUUGGUCGUUUCCAAACACUCAUGGAAUGUUUCACCAGCACUUUUGAAGACGUGAAAAUUUUAGCAUUUGAUCUUCUGAUGAAGUUAUCGGAAACAGCUGUACAUUUUCAGGAUUCAGAGAAACUGCAAGGCUUAUUUCAGGCAGCAUUGGAGCUCAGCACAAGCACCAAACCAUACGACUGUGUGACAGCUUCCUACCUGCUGAACUUCUUAAUCUGGCAGGAUGCUCUACCGUCAUCCUUGUCUGCCCACGUAACUCAGCUUGCUUGUGGUGAUGGAGAUAGGUCUGCUGCUGUGGUGGAAAGGAACACACUAAUGGUUAUCAAAUGCUUGAUGGAAAUUCUUGAGGAAGAAGUGUCUCAGGCUGAAAAUUCUCUGCUUCAGGCAGCAGCAUCAUUUCCAAUGUAUGGGCGAGUCCACUGUAUAACAGGAGCAUUGCAGAAGUUACCUAUAAACAGCCUGCAGUUGGUGGGUGAGUGGAAACCUGUGGUAGAGAGGCUCCUUUUGAUGUCCUACAGGCUUUCUGCUGUGGUGUCUCCAGUCAUUCAGAGCUCAUCGCCUGAAGGUCUCAUCCCAAUGGACACUGAUUCAGAGUCAGCAAACCGCUUACAGAUGAUUCUGAAUGAGAUUCAGCCACGAGAUACUAAUGAUUAUUUUAACCAAGCCAAAAUAUUGAAAGAAUGUAAUAACUUUGAUAUGGAGGACUUGAAUGCCAGCGUGCUGAAUAUUGAUACUUCUACAGAAAUCAAAGGUAAAGAAGAAAAAACAUGUGAUGUAACUGCUCAGAUGGUGCUGGUAUGUUGUUGGAGAAGUAUGAAGGAAGUUGCUUUACUUUUAGGCAUGUUGUGCCAGCUUCUGCCCAUGAGGUCUGUGCCAGAAUCUUCUGAUGGAUUAUUGACGGUAGAGCAGGUAAAAGAAAUAGGAGAUUACUUUAAACAAAACCUUUUACAGUCCAGGCACAGAGGAGCAUUUGAACUGGCUUAUACUGGUUUUGUGAAACUCACUGAGGUACUUAACAGGUGCCCAAAUGGGGAUCUGCAAAAGCUGCCGGAGCAGUGGCUAUGGAGUGUUUUAGAGGAAAUUAAAUGCAGUGAUCCUUCAUCUAAACUCUGUGCUACAAGGCGCAGUGCUGGAAUUCCUUUCUAUAUACAGGCACUGUUGGCAUCUGAACCAAAGAAAGGCAAAAUGGAUUUGUUGAAAAUAACAAUGAAAGAGUUAAUCUCUUUGGCUGGGCCUGCAGAUGACUUACAGAGCACAGUCCCCCAGGUUCAUGCUUUAAAUAUCCUUAGAGCGUUGUUCAGAGAUACACGCCUGGGAGAAAAUAUUAUUCCUUAUGUAGCUCAUGGAGCUAAGGCUGCAAUUCUGGGUUUUACAUCACCGGUCUGGGCAGUGCGAAAUUCAUCCACACUUCUCUUUAGUGCCUUGAUCACAAGAAUUUUUGGAGUUAAAAGGGGAAAGGAUGAACAUUCCAAAACAAAUAGAAUGACAGGCAGAGAGUUUUUCUCGCGUUUCCCAGAACUCUAUCCUUUUCUUCUCAAACAGUUGGAAACUGUAGCCAAUACAGUAGACAGUGAUACCAGAGAACCAAAUCGUCAUCCAAGCAUGUUUCUCUUACUUUUGGUGUUGGAGAGACUCUACCCUUCCCCGAUGGAUGGCACUUCUUCUGCUCUCAGCAUGGGACCUUUUGUUCCCUUCAUUAUGAGGUGUGGUCGCUCACCUGUCUACCACUCCCGUGAAAUGGCAGCUCGUGCCUUGGUCCCAUUUGUUAUGAUAGAUCAUAUUCCUAAUACCAUCCAAACUCUGUUGGCCACACUGCCCAGCUGCACUGACCAGUGUUUCCGGCAAAACCAUAUUCAUGGGACACUUCUCCAGGUUUUUCAUUUGUUGCAAGCCUACUCAGACUCCAAACACAGAACGAAUUCAGACUUCCAGCACGAACUGACUGACAUCACUCUUUGUACCAAAGCCAAACUCUGGCUGGCUAAGAGGCAAAAUCCAUGUUUGGUGACCAGAGCUGUAUAUAUUGAUAUUCUCUUCCUGUUGUCCUGCUGCCUCAACAAAUCUACAAAGGACAAACAGCCAGGAUUUUUAGGACCCUUAUGGAACCAAGUUCCUAGUGCCACUCCAAGAGAAUUUCUGGAGAAUCUUGGCUUCUGGGAGGAAGUCAGAGGGAUUAUCUCAGCAUCAGAGUUGAUAACAGGAUUUCCCAGUGCCUUCAAGGUGCCAGGCCUGCCCCAGUACCUCCAGAGCCUCACCAGAUUAGCCAUUGCUGCAGUGUGGGCCACAGCAGCCGAGAGUGGAGAGCGGGCGAGGGACGCCCCCAUCUCUUUCUCUCAGCUGUUAGAAUCUACCUUCCCUGAAGUGCGCUUAUUGACACUGGAAGCUCUCUUGGAAAAGUUCUUGUCGGCAGCCUCUGGACUCGGAGAGAAGGAACUGCCACCCUUGCUGUGCAACAUGGGAGAGAAAUUCUUAUUAUUGGCCAUGAAGGAGAGUCACCCAGAAUGCUUCUACAAGAUACUGAAAAUUCUCCACUGCAUGAACCCUAGUGAGUGGCUUCCCCAGACGAAGCACUGUGUCCAUCUGACCCCAAAGGAGUUCUUGAUCUGGACGAUGGAUAUUGCUUCCAAUGAAAGAUCUGAAAUACAGAGUGUAGCUCUGAGACUUGCCUCUAAAAUCAUUUCCCACCAUAUGCAGACAUGUGUGGAGAACAGGGAAUCGAUAUCUGCUGAGCUGAAACAGUGGGUUCAGCUGGUCAUCUUGUCCUGUGAAGACCAUCUCCCUACAGAGUCUAGGCUGGCCGCUGUUGAAGUCCUCACCAGCACUGCACCACUUUUCCUCACCAACCCCCGUCCUAUUCUUGAGUUGCAGGAUACACUUGCUCUCUGGAAGUGUGUCCUUACCCUUCUGCAGAGUGAGGAGCAAGCUGUUAGAGACGCAGCCACGGAAAUUGUGACAACUGCCAUGUCGCAAGAAAAUACCUGCCAGUCAACAGAGUUUGCCCUCUGCCAGGUGGAUGCCUCCAUCGCUCUGGACCUGGCCCUGGCUGUCCUGUGUGAUCUGCUCCAGCAGUGGGACCAGCUGGCUCCUGGACUGCCCAUCAUGCUGGGAUGGCUGCUGGGAGAGAGUGACGACCUCGUGGUCUGUGUGGAGAGCAUGCAUCAGGUGGAAGAAGACUACCUGUUUGAAAAAGAAGCAGUCAACUUUUGGGCUGAGACCCUGAUCUUUGUGAAAUACCUCUGCAAGCACCUCUUCUCUCUCCUUUCCACGUCUGGCUGGCGUCCCCCAAGCCCUGAGAUGCUCUGUCACCUUCAAAGGAUGGUGUCAGAGCAGUGCCGCCUCCUGUCUCAGCUCUUCAGAGAGCUUCCACCAGCUGCUGAGUUUGUGAAGACAGUGGAAUUCACAAGAAUGUGCAUUCAAAAGGAAAGGACUUUGGCUUGCUUGAGGCUGCUGGCCUUUCUGGAAGGAAAGGAAGGGGAAGACACACUAGUUCUCAGUGUUUUGGACUGUCCUGCAGAAGUGAGGCAGUUAACUCUUCCAAGAACAGAAGCAGCAUGUUGAAGAAAGAAAAUUGGGGGGAUUGGAUUGGGCGUAUGUGCGGAUUAUUCCUCCACUAAAUCUGCAGGAAACAUGUUGAACAUAAAUUGAAAAAUGCUAUCCCCUUCAUGUCUCCCCUACUUCUGUGAGUCCAGGUUUCUGUCACUUCUUACAGAGAAACUUUUCUUCAGCUCACUCAUUCAGGGCAGCCCACUUUAUUGCUACUGUAGGAAGUGAGGCAACUCAGGUGCAGAUUUACUCUGUCCCCAGCCCCUGCAGGCCUGAAUGAGCCUUUUUCAUCUCCCAGGCCUCUAAUGCCCUGCCAUAGCUGCCCUGCGUUCUCUGUGAAGGGACUACAUUUUAGCACACACAUGAUGCCUCCCCCCUCCCAUUUUCUGGCUCUAUUUAGGGGAUGGAUUAGUUGGCAAACAGCCCAUUUGGUCAGAUUUAUAAAUUUUGUUCCAUUUUAGCAAAGCAGAAAUAUGUUCCAAAUGUUGGAUCCUGGGAGAGUUCAGGAUCAACCUUAUACAAAUAAUUUAUUUUUAUUGUCUGCAUGUGUAAGUCCUGCAGUGACCUACACAUUCCAUCCUAAUUAUUAAAAGAGCCAUUGAGAGCUCCCCCAGCCCCCAAAAAGUAUGCUAAUGCUAGGAAACCUGAUUUUGCCACCCAGUGAAAUUCUAUCCAUGCUCUCAGCUGUGAGGAGGAGCCUGGGGAAAGGACAGCCAGAGAAAAUGACUUAUUCCAUGCCUACAUUGUUUGCUUAUCAUCUGCUUGGUGGCAGUAACAAGAUUCUCACUUAAGAUGCCAUUAAACACAUUUAUCCCUUGCAGUGAUAAUCUAGAAACCUUAAUGUUUCUGCCUUUUCAAGCCCAGCCCUGUCCUUUUGCUAACACACCCAGCAGGUGGCGCUCUUGCAUACGUUUUGCUGCUGGUCCAGUUUUUCAUUGGCUCACCAUUUUUAAUUUAUAAUUUCAGAAUAAGUGUUGCCCAGAAUAACUCAGAAUAAGUCAUCUUGAGAAUCACAGUUUGGAUGGGUCGUAGCCUCAUCCACAUUCAUUUUCCAUCCUACAGAUCUGAAAAAAACCAUUUCAAUCAUAGUAUAUAAAGUUGCUCCAGAUUUUAGAGUCUGUAAAAAUUUCCAAUACUCAGGUGAAUGAUCACAUAGAGUAAUUUCAUUGGUGUUUCAGAGUCUGAAGGAGCAGGUUAGAGAGAGUUACGAUCAUUUCCUACUGCAGAAAAGUUCAUAUUUCAAAUUAAUUCAUCUCUUUUUGAGAGAAAUACACCUAACACUAAAAACGCAGCUGUAAGCCAGGAA